AUGUCUCUCAUCACUUUGCCGCCAGAGAUGCUUCUUCGUAUUGCCGAGCUACUGCCUUUUAGACAUGACCUCAAUUCGUUACUACAAUGUUGCCAAACCUUUUACGGAAGACUCAAUCAUUUCCUCUACCAUCGCAACAACUGUGCACAGCAGGCAGCAGAGUACGCACUCGACCACAAUUCCAUCUUGCCUCUGCAAGGUCUGAAGCGUGUCGGAAUCUCAUUGAAAGACUGUGGCGUGGAUGUUCUCCACGAGGCGGCGGAGGCGGGUCUCUUUGGACCGAUAAAUUAUGUUCUGGAUACUGGCGAGAUUGGCAUCGACUCGUGCGGCUAUCAAAACACCGACUCAUGGGGCUAUGAGGACGACGACAAAUACGAAAGAGAGGGGGCCACGCCUCUCUAUCUAGCCGUUGUUGAGGGUGAUGGGCGAACCGCCCGACUGUUGCUCGACCGUGGCGCUGACCCUUCUGCGGACACCGGACCAGAACAUACACGAUAUCCGCUGAUUGCAGCCCUUCGGGGUAGGCACUAUAGCUUGGCAAAAACGCUAGUCGAUGCUGGAGCAGACAUCACUUGUCGUGAUUUUAGUGAUGAUACUCCUAUAAUCUGCGCUGCGAUGACUGGCAAUCUAGAGAUGGUCACAUUGCUACUCGACCGCGGUGCUGACAUCUUCACGACUAGUAGGAAUGGCCUGUGCCUGUUUCUAGCUGCAUUCACAAUCGGCAGCAACCCCUCGCUUGUAGAGAUGCUUCUUGACCGAGGUGGUCUCGCCCCAGAAGAUGAGGUGAACAGCUAUCUCGCGUCUGCUGUACAACGCGGAUGGUACAAUGUUACUAAGCUGUUGAUUGAGAAGGGUGCGGAUCUUGAGUACAAGCCAGUUCAAAGACCAGUACCACUACUGGUUGUGUCUAUCAUUAUAGACCAUUUUGAUAUCGCCGAGCUGCUCAUACAAAAGGGUGCCGACGUCAACGCCCGUGAUUAUGAUCAGUCUUGUGCACUUCACUACACCCGCCAAGAAGAACAUCUUCCACUUGUCAAGUCUUUACUCGCCGCCGGGGCAGACGUCUUAGCUACCGACGCUCAGGGGUGUCAGCCUUUGAUGGUUGCGGACAGCGUAGCCAUAGUGGAGGUUCUGCUGGCAAAUGGCGCCAACUACGAACAUUCCAGCGAGAUGUACGACAAGGCGUUAAUGAGAGCCAUAAUUCAACAUCGUUUCGAUAUUGCGGAAGCACUACUGCAAGCUGGGGCAAGCACGCGCGGUUCUGAUGAUUUCAACUUGGUGCAGUUUGCGUGCCAGAUCGGAAGCCUUCGUCUCGUCGAGCUUCUAAUUGACUAUGGUGCUGACAUUUCGUCAAAUAACCCACUGGGUAUGAGUACUCUCUCCAUUGCAGCGAAAGGUGGUCGCGUGUCAAUGGUUAAACUACUACUCGUGCGUGGUGCCGACGUGGAGGAGGCGGACCGAGAUGGCUAUACGCCACUGAUGAUAGCAGCUAGGAAUGGCCAUCGCGGCAUUGUCAGUAUCCUCGUCGGUCAUGGCGCUAAUCUCGAAAUCACCGACGAGGAUUCUUAUACAGUGCUCCUCGCUGCGGCUGAGGAGGUGCAGGCAGAAGUUGUCGAUAUUCUAAUCUCCCUCGGAGCCAACACCCAAGCCAAAAAUUGCGCAGGCAGCAAUGCGUUGAUCAUAGCGGCAGCAUUACCCAACAAUAAAGCGACAGUGGACAGGCUACUUCGGGAUGGCGGUAUAGAUGUCGAUGCCCAAAAUAUAUAUGGCCGCACGGCGCUUUUCAACGCGGCAAUGCGUGGUCAAGCGGAAGCUGUCGAAAGCCUCCUUGCGCAUCAGCCGCCGGCCGACCUCACCGCCAAGGAUCACUGGGGAACUACAACGCUGUCCAUGGCUGUCCGCAACGGCCACACGCGCAUUGUGGAGAUGCUUCUCGCGGCCCAUGAUCCUUCGGAACCCAUUCUGGGCACCAAAGACAACCAGGGCCGCACUGUUCUCGACUGGGCGCGGCGGACCGCUACUGGUGAGAUCUGGCGCAUGUUGGCCGCCACGCGCGAGGGCGCCGCGGUCGACGUCAUCGAAGAUGCAGAGGAGGCCAUGAUGCGCUUUCGCCCAACAAAAUGCUUCUGCGACCGGCCCGGAUCGCGCGGCUCCGGCCCUAUCGGAGGGGACUAUUAA